AUGCACAAAUGGCUGCAAUUGCCGGCCAAUCCGACAGACGAUCCGCUGGCCACUGUUUAUCCAAUCAACCACUACAAGAAGUCUCAUGUCUACGCCGUUACUAGAAUAAAUCCGAUUUAUGUGGAUGACGAGCACGUACACCACAACAAAAAUGAGACGUGGAAGAACAAGAGUGGUAGUUCCGGGUACGACAGCCAACCGCACUCGGACCACUCAAGCUUGGACAAGGGUUCGCCGCCGGCCACGAAGUGUCUGAGGAACGGUACGACGCCCCCGUCGUCGGACGGAUCGUCGGGUAGUCCGGUACAAAGAACGUCGGCACCGUGGCUACUGUCGCCCAUCAAGGAGGGUGUCAUCGACGUGCAUCAGUACUGCAUACCACGGCCGGUGUGGCCGGGUCACGCCGAUGGCGGCGUGCUCAGGUACUCAGCGGACUCGGACCGCAUACCACGGGUCAAGUGCUGCAGGCACUGCGCACGAUGCCGGUGCCGUAGCAAUAGCACCAGCAGCAGCAGCACCAGUAGCACCAACAGCCGUGGUAAGCCUGCUGGUGGUGGUGGUGGAGGCGGUGGUGACAGCUUUUCCGGGUACUCAUCCGCGUUUGGCGGUGGCACCGUCAGCACCGGCAGCACGAGCACCACCUCCAGUGGGGGUGGUGACGCGGGAUUGUGUUCAGACGAUGUAAACCCGUCGCCAACCGGCAACGGUUCGGUCAAUUCCCAUCAGUCACCAUUGGCGUUGGACCCGCGUUUCGGUGACGGCGUUGGCGUCAACAAAGCUCUGGUGGACAACUGGAAUUCCGUCGACCUGAGGCUCAACCAAAAGACUGAUAAUCUACACUACGAUUGCGGCGCCAUGUUACGCGGACUGCAAUUCACGUUGGACACGCAGCAAGCCGAAAAGCUGAUGCAGAAGAUCAAAGUGGGGAAGAAGCAUAGGUGUUGGUGUCGCUUCGUCACGGCGUGCGUGGGUCUGAUCAUGUUCCUCGUGUCGAUGGUCACCGUGAGCCUCGCGCUUACCAGGGGACAAAAAAUGUUCGGCUCUCUCUGA